CGUUUGUCCAAUCAGGAGGAGAUCCCCAAGCUCCGGAAAGAAGCAGAUGAUAUGGCAGCUUCGAAAGCGACCAGGUGGAACUUGCUUUGUUAACACGACUAAAGAAUUGAUUAUGAAUAGAAUUUGACUGCGAGAGGGCGACGAGGCAGCUGCUCGAAAUGAUUUACUUAAUCCUAAUUUCUGCAUUCUCCGGAGCAGUCGUCACGUUGAUGCUACAGUUCUUGUUGAUCUACCGGAGGAGCCCAGAGCCUAUUCUGAGGACCGAGCAGUACGCUAAAGUAGUACCUGAUAACGCAUUGAAGGAUUACUUUAAUUCCCAGCAUGUCGAUCCAGGCCAGCUGCAGCAGCAGGACGGUACAGCCUCUGCUGGUUACAAGCCGCAAGAGGCCGCCUCAGCGAGACAGCAAGAAGCGUCUGUGACCGGUAGCAGCCCCAAACAACAAGCGUCGCCGCCUGCACACAGCGAGUCGGUUGAUGCGGACAAGCCAGAAACCUGUCAUUUCCUCAAUGCUAUCUUUUUGUUCCUGUUCAGGGAGCUGCGAGACAGUCCUCUUGUCAGACACUGGCUCACCAAAAAGAUCAAGGUAGAGUUUGAGGAGCUGCUGCAAACCAAGACAGCAGGUCGGCUGCUGGAGGGUCUUAGCCUGCGAGAUAUUUCUUUAGGUAAUUCUCUUCCGGUCUUCAAGACGGCCAAACUUAUGAAGCCGGUGAAUUUGAACGAGGACGGCAUGCCGGAGGAACUCAACUUUGAGGUGGACAUUGAGUACAACGGCGGCUUCCAUCUCGCCAUUGACGUGGAGUUGGUGUUUUGGAAGUCUGCUUACUUAUUCGUUAAAAUGAGGCGCGUAGUUGGCAAACUGAGGCUGCAGUUCACCCGGGUGCCCUUCACCCACUGGUCCUUCUCCUUCCUCGAGGACCCACUCGUGGACUUUGAGGUCAAGUCUCAGUUUGAAGGCAGGCCCCUUCCUCAGCUCACUUCCAUCAUCGUCAACCAACUCAAACGGGUCAUCAAAAAGAAGCACACACUUCCCAACUACAAAAUCAGAUACAAGCCUUUCUUCCCAUUCCAAGUACAGUCACCUCAAGGAUCGACCUCUGAUUUAGAAUUGUCAGUCCAGGACAGCAGACUUGUGGAAGGCCGUCUCAAAGUUACGCUGAUUGAAUGUAGCAGACUCUUCAUCCUGGGCUCAUAUGAGAGAGAAACCUAUGUUCACUGCACUCUGGAGCUGAGCAGCCACCAGUGGAAGGAGAAAACCCGGAGCUCGAUCAAACGAACAGAGGUCAUCAAGGGUGCGUGUGGCAGCGUGGGAAUGACGUUCAGGCAUGUGCCUGCCAGUGAGGGAGAAGCAGUCCAUGUAAGCAUCGAGACGGUGACGCCGAACUCCCCUGCAGCCUUGGCAGACUUGCAGCGAGGUGAUCGGCUCAUCGCAAUCGGAGGUGUCAAAGUGACAUCGUCAGUUCAAGUGCCCAAACUUCUGAAGCAGGCCGGAGACAGGGUAGUGGUCCUCUAUGAGAGGCCGGUCCGCCACCAGACUCCGUCCCUCGGAAGCCUGGGAACUCUUCAGGAGGGAUUUGGGCAGCUGGAAGAAUCGGGCUUCAUAUCCCAACCUGGGGGAUACGAAGAAGACCCGGCCCCCAUCACCACUCUGUCUGACAUAACUGACAGUAAAGACAUGGACUCUGAAUUUGAAGAGUUGAUUGUGGACACCAAACCCAGCCCGAAUGUGGGCCCCCUCAGCACCAGUGAUACGAAGGAUGAUUUCCUUCUCACAGUAAACCAAAGCCCCAAAAAAACAGUGGCCAACUUGGCUUCGAAACCUCUUGGGACCAUAUCACCCAUCCUCAACCGUAAGCUAAACCUGGUGGGCCUCCAAUCACCACUAAAGGCCCAACCGAAAGAAUCACCAAAGCCCUCCCGACAGAAAACGAGCAAUGAUUCAGGAGAUAGUUUGCAGCGCCCCGCGAUGCCCCCUCCACCGCCACCGUCUCGUCCCCCGGUGCCACCAAGACCUCAAAUACGGUUGUCGUCUGCCGGUUCAGAGUCCAUUUUUUUGGAAAGCGUUGAUUCUACGACAAACACGACUCCCGUAAUCUCUACUGCGACGGCCACUGUCAGUGCUUCAGAGAAAUCUCCUGAAAAAGCUCCUCUGACAGGAGCCAUUGAAGACGUGGCUGGCACCGAAAAGAUGGGUGUCAAACCGAGUGAGGGGAAGUCCACUAGGCCGUCAGAGCCCAGCGAUGACAUUGGAAUCGCAUCCUUCACGGGUAGCAAGACAGACCAGGCAAAGGACAAAGUUUCCGAGAGCUCUUGCAGCACACGGGACAGUCUAGAAGAGCACCCCUUCUGGGAAUCCCCAGAAUCGAUGUUUCGUCAUCGGACAACUUGUUGGCCCAAGGCCUCUGUUGUGUUUGAGGUGGACAGCAACCACAAGUACCUUAAUGUGGCCCUUUGGUGUAAAGAUCCCUUUAAGCUGGGCAGUUUGCUAUGCCUGGGCCAUGUCAGCCUCCAUCUGGAGCACGUAGCCCUUGAGUGUAUGGCGACAUCUUCAGCAGAAUACCAGAGCACAUUUAAGCUUGGGCCUCCAGAGCCUCGAGCUAAUGUCAGCCGCACCGCACUACGCAGCCUCAGCACCCACAAAGGCUUCAAUGAGAAGUUGUGUUAUGGAGACGUUACUCUAAAUUUCUGUUACCUCGCAGGGGAUGAUUUGGACUAUCCUGGAAUGGCCGAAAGGGAGCGAGAGGGGAGUCUCCACGAUGAUGAUCUAAGGGAGCGGGAGAGGGAACAGUUCCCCACAGCCUCACGUGAUGACUUGGCCUACGGUGCCAUGCAGCUCAUUGAGGUUCGCCACAACUUCCAGGACACCCAGUUCCAAAACCCGACCUGGUGCGAAUAUUGUAAAAAGAAAGUUUGGACCAAGGCAGCCUCGCAGUGUAUGAUCUGCGCUUAUGUUUGCCACAAGAAAUGCCAGGAAAAAUGCCUUGCUGAAAGUCCCUUGUGUGUGGCACCGACCGAGCGUCGAGGAGCUGACCCUGAGGCCAAGUCCACUAUUAAUCGGGCCACAAGUGGCUUAACCCGCCAUAUCAUCAACACGAGCUCCCGCCUGCUUAACCUACGCCAGGCCCCCAAGACCCGCCUGGUCGAGCAGGUCACGGAUGCGGUGCCCGGAGCGGUGGAUCCUUCCCCUAAGCAUACUCCAAACACCUCAGACAACGAGAGCAGCGAUACCGAGACCUACACCAGUGGUGCCAGCCCCUCCAAGCAACCCGUCGGCGGCGGUGGGGGAAGCGGUAAACUGGUUCGCAAGGAGGGCGGCUUGGACGAUAGCGUGUUCAUCGCCGUAAAAGAGAUCGGCCGCGACCUCUAUCGAGGUUUGCCCACCGAUGAGCGUUCUCAAAAACUUGAGCUGAUGCUGGACAAGCUGCAGCAGGAAAUCGAUCAGGAGUUGGAGCACAACAACGCCCUUUUGAUGGAGGAGAGGGAGACCAGCGAUCCCAGGCGGAAGGUGCUCAUUAGUUCGGCCCUUUCCAAGUCCGGCGAAAGGCUGCAGGCACUCACUCUGCUCAUGAUUCACUAUCGUGCGGGCAUUGAGGACUUGGAGUCGGUGGAGAGCACCUCUCCUUCGGAGCAACAAUGUUUGAAGGGCAGCGGGGACGGCUUAGAGGAGGAGGCCUUGAUGGGAGCGGAGGUCUAUGACAGUGACAUAUGCAGCCCGGCGGACUUGCAACUGUUGGAUGACAUCACUGAGGAGCAGAUCUGUGUGGAGGCGCUCCACUAAAUUGCACCAGAGAGCAGACAGAGGAGGAGGAACCGUUUGGACCCAUGGCCCUUUUUUUUUUUUUGAUGGGGGGUAUCGCAAGUUGAAAGGGGGAUACCGUCCAUUGUUUUUCGUCACAUCUCAUGAAAUACAUGAAGGAAUUUCCUCCUAUGGAUACUUGGUUGCACCUGUUAAUGCUUUUAUUUUGCACUGUGUCCAUACUUUAGGUUUCAAAGGGAAAUAGAAUGCUUUAGUGUUGCUGGUUAAUUGCUCGUUCAUGAUAUUUUUUCUGAUGGAGUGUCUCUGUAAAAAACUUUGCCCUUCUCAAUGAUGUCAUCACACGCCGGAAAUUUUUUUUGUGUGCAAUGAAAGUAAAGUAAUUGUUCAGUAGGAACUCGCUGUCAGGUUAAGGUCAAAACAGCUUCAGCAGAUCACAUGGGGGGAGGUGGGGGGGAGAUCGUCUUUCGCGUGAACACUGCAGUCAAGCUUUCUUUCCUUUUUUUUGUUUGGAGCACUUUUAAAAGCAGACCGUUUAAUAUUCACAAAUGACUCCUUUUGGGGGCAUUUCAGCAACUGCAAGCUAACUGGGAUGGAUGUUAUGUUUCUAUUUUAGUUGGAUCACUUCGGCCAAACAUGUUUCACACGACCAUAUAAAACAUGUUUUUGAUGAAGAUUUCAAGGUGUUUUUUUUUUUGUUUCAUAUUUUAAAUAAAUUCUUUCAAUGUUUAUUUUAUAAAUGUGAUGUGGAUAACUUGGUGGAUUUGGACGAAUCUAUUCUGAUUACUUUAUGUUUCAGUUUGCUUUUAUGUGGGAGGAAAAUAAGAGAUCUUAAAAAAAAAAGUUUGUCUGAUGUAGUACAUGCCAUCUGCCUUCAUGAGUGGUCAUGAAUGCCCAAUAUAUUUCCCAUAUUGCGUUUGUUUUGUCAAUACCUACAUUACCAGUCAAACGUUUUGGAAGCAGGCACAAAUUAUUAUUAUUAUUUUUUUUUUAAUUGUAGAUCAAUAAUUCAUACCUCAGUCAUUGACAUUGUGAAGAAACACUGAUGGAAUUAUUUGCUAAGAAAAACACCCCGAAAACAAUGUUUUACAAUUUUGAUUUUUCAAAGUAGCCACCUUGUGCCCAGAUAACUGCUUUGUACAUCUUUGUAUUUUCUCAGUCAGCUUGAUGGGCAUUAUCAAGAGUUACGAACUUGAAUUUGAAGGUGUUUCGAAACGUUCGACUGGUACUGCACCCCCAUUAUAUUCCACACAUUGAUCAUUUUUGUCUUCAGCCCUAAAAAGCCAUCAGCUCCCUAAAUGUUAGCCUUUUCUUGAAUGCUCCUGGAAAGCCGCCACUUUUAGUCCAUCCAUUUUUAAUACAAAAUGAUAAACAUUCAUUAUUUCUGCGGUUAUUGCCAACCUAGUGCCACUUCAAGUCUACACAAACACAGUUUGAUUUUCCCAUUAAAAAUAUUUGGGAUCGGUUGGUUAGAAGUGUAAUAUUAAAAAAAAAAAAAAAAAACCACACUGUGAGCCCCAAAAUAAAAAUAGAAAAGCAACUUGGAGUAAUCAUUGGCUGAAAUACUGCACAGAAAUCUGGAUAAGAUCGUAUUGAUAUUAACCACCGCCCCCCCCACCCCAAUAGUAUGUCUUCUUUGAUGCAGCGUUGCCCGACAUAGCUGCUGUACUUAAUCUUUGUCAAGUUAAAGUCCAAUUGUAAGUAGGUCAACAGUUGCAGGUCUGGCCUGCACCUGAAGAAACGCUCAUAAUCUUUCCCUCAUCUUCUGUAAUCAUUUUCUUACUUCCAAAUCGAAUUAUUCCAAUAUUUAAAAGUCAAAUAGUUACCGCAUUCAAGUCAAAGGAAGGGGGCGGGGUUGUAAGAGUACACAGACAAUCACACGGUGAGGCGACCACCCUCACAUAUCAUCACAAUUCAUGUCUGACUGUGAACCUGAAACGGUGAGCUACAAGGGACUGACAGCCAUCUUCAAAACAAUGCCCGCACGGUUGUUGAUGCUGCGGAGGCGCAAGAAUUAGCAACCGUUCCGUUGAUCACCUUUUGAUUGUUUUCCCACUGUACGUCUUACUUUUUGAGACACCUUACAACUUUUGUGCGGGGGUCGCUUUUGCGUUCUGGCUGAACAAUUGCAACACAUGUCUUAGUCUGUUACUGUAUAUUCUGAUUUUGUGCAAUAUUCUUUAUAUUGGACAUGGAGCUACUGACUAGAUCGUUUCUCUUUUGUAAUUAGAUAUGUGUAGCCUGUGUACCUUUACGUCGAAUAAAAUCACGCGGUCUCCGAACCCAAAAGGUGAUCUUCACACUGUAAAACUGACUUGUAGGCCUGCCGAGCUUUGCUUUUGCCUCUGCUGCUGCUGUUCCAAUGUGAUUGACCACAGUACUGUUUCUCACUUACUUGUGCCCAUCACAGCUGUUCAGCAGGUUACGGUCUUCAUAUGGUAGGGAUGUUGUGCACAGUUUUUCUUCAGGUUCAUGUCUGGAAGCUUUAUUGUACUUACCCUAAAUAAAACAAAGCUUGAAUUCA